AUGGCUUCCACGGUGAGCCUGGGUAAAGAACCUUUGUUGGAAGAUGGAAUCCCCCCCGCGAAAAAGCCCAGGAAGCUCUUGCCAAGUCUCAAAACCAAGAAGCCGCAGGAGCUCGCUUUGGUCAUCGGGACGGGGAUCAGCGCCGCUGUUGCUCCCCAGGUGCCGGCGCUCAAGUCUUGGAAGGGGUUAAUCCAGGCCCUUCUGGACGCCGCGGUCGACUUCGAUCUCCUGGAGGAAGAAGAGAGCAAGUGGUUUCAAAAGUGCCUCCACGAAGACAAGAACUUGGUUCACGUCGCCCACGACCUGAUCCAGAAGCUGUCUCCGCGCACGAGCAACGCUCGCUCCACCUUUUUCAAAGAUUGUUUGUACGAGGUGUUUGACGACCUGGAGUCGAAAAUGGAAGAUUCGGGGAAGCAGCUGCUUCAGGCCGUGCUACACCUGAUGGAGAACGGGGCGCUCGUGUUAACCACCAACUUCGACAACCUGCUGGAGCUGUACGCGGCGCACCAGGGCAAGCACCUCGAGUCUCUUGACCUGACCGACGAGAAGAAG